CUCGGCCCGCGGGAGUGCGGGCUCUUCUCUCGCGAGGUCUUGGCUGCCGGGGAGCCGGCCGUGGUGGCCGCGGUGGUGGCCGCGUUGGGGGCCGCGGGGGCUGUCGGUCGCGGCCGCCCCGCCAGUCCGGGUCUGCCUCAGGAGCGCUCGCUCUGCGACGCGUGGCCGCCGUGUCCACAGACGGGAGGUUUGCGCGGAGGUGAAUAGACCCAAGGACCUACACCCCACAAGCCGUUCUUUGUCUUUGCAUCAAGGUGUGCGGAGACAUGGAGUACCUGACGGACUCCGCCGACCGCACCCCCGGACACAUCUUGUGCUGUGAGUGUGGUGUCCCAAUCAGUCCAAAUCCUGCCAAUAUUUGUGUGGCCUGUUUGCGAAGUAAAGUAGACAUCAGCCAAGGAAUUCCGAAACAGGUCUCUAUAUCUUUCUGCAAGCAAUGUCAAAGAUAUUUCCAGCCGCCUGGAACUUGGGUACCAUGUGCAUUAGAAUCCAGGGAACUUCUUGCUUUGUGUUUGAAAAGAAUCAAAGCCCCUCUGAGUAAGGUACGGCUUGUAGAUGCAGGUUUCGUCUGGACUGAGCCCCACUCUAAGAGACUUAAAGUUAAACUGACAAUUCAGAAAGAGGUGAUGAAUGGUGCUAUCCUUCAGCAGGUGUUUGUGGUAGAUUAUAUUGUUCAGCCUCAGAUGUGUGGAGAUUGCCACAGAGUAGAAGCUAAGGAUUUCUGGAAGGCUGUGGUUCAAGUAAGGCAAAAGACUUUGCACAAAAAAACUUUCUACUAUCUGGAACAGUUGAUUUUGAAAUAUGGAAUGCAUCAGAAUACACUUCGUAUCAAAGAGAUUCAUGAUGGUUUGGAUUUCUAUUAUUCUUCAAAACAGCAUGCUCAGAAAAUGGUAGAAUUUCUUCAGUGUACAGUUCCCUGCAGACACAAAGCCUCACAGAGACUGAUCUCUCAAGAUAUCCAUAGUAACACAUACAAUUACAAAAGCACUUUUUCUGUGGAAAUUGUUCCAAUAUGCAAGGAUAAUGUUGUUUGUCUAUCUCCAAAACUGGCACAAAGCCUGGGAAAUAUGAACCAGAUUUGUGUGUGUAUUCGAGUAACUAGCGCCAUACAUCUCAUAGAUCCAAAUACACUACAAGUUGCGGAUAUUGAUGGAAGCACUUUCUGGAGUCACCCUUUCAAUAGUUUAUGCCAUCCCAAACAACUAGAGGAGUUUAUUGUGAUGGAGUGCAGCAUAGUCCGAGAUUUAAAACGCAGUGCAGGUGCUGGAAUGAUAUCCAAAAAGCAUAUCCUCGGGGAAGUCUGGGUACAGAAGACAUCUGAAAUGAAUACAGAUAAACAAUAUUUUUGUCGCACUCAUUUGGGACAUCUUCUAAAUCCUGGAGACCUGGUGUUGGGGUUUGAUUUGGCCAACUGUAAUUUAAAUGAUGAGCAUGUCAACAAAAUGAACUCAGAUAGAGUCCCAGAUGUGGUAUUAAUCAAGAAGAACUAUGACCGUACAAAACGUCAGCGUCGUAGAAACUGGAAACUAAAAGAGCUUGCAAGAGAUAAAGAAAACAUGGAUACAGAUGAUGAAAGGCAAUACCAAGAUUUCCUUGAAGAUCUUGAAGAAGAUGAGGCAAUUAGAAAAAAUGUUAACAUUUAUAGAGAUUCAACCAUUCCUGUGGAAAGUGACACAGAUGAUGAAGGAGCACCUCGAAUUAGUCUGGCUGAAAUGCUUGAAGACCUCCACAUUUCCCAAGAUGCUACUGGGGAAGAAGGUGAAUCGAUGAUGACACAAUGAGAUUGUACUAUAGAUGAUUUCCAUAUCUGUAGGCUCAGGAUGUUGGACAAAAAUAACUUUUAUUGUCUAUUCCAUCUAUGCUUCCGUAUUGAGAAGUAGAAAUUUAGUUUUAAUCUUGAAUAAAUAGGACUAUUUUGAUUGCUCACUCAGAGCACUGAAAGAGAUUGAUAGCUUUGAAGUUUUGGAUAAAAGAUUAUGGAAAAUGUAAUUAUUAAUGAUACUUAGGUCAUUUUAUGUGUGGAGUUUUUUAAGUUUGCCUUUUUAAGAGACCCUAGUAUUUUUGCAUACUGUAGCACUGUGUUUGAAAUCAAAUCUCAAAAGUUGUGAUACUUUGGAAAUUACCUAACUCUUCAAUUAUAAAACAAGCUUUUACAUCAUUUUACAUUGAUUGCUUUAGUAAAGAGCAUAUGAAGGAUCAUUUUUUAUAUGAACUUGUUACACACUUUGAUCCACAUUAGAUCAUCUUUAUGUUGUUGGGGUAGGUAAGUUGGUGUUCAAUUUAUUACUGGACAUUUGGGGGAAGUUAAUCUGUUGUAUCCAUAAUAGUAACACCUUCAAAAGCUGUUAAAUUAGGGAUUAUCUUAAAUUUUAUUGCAGAAGGAAAUAUAUUUAAAGUAUUUAUGGAUUUGUAGCAAAUAUAGGCUAUUUAAAGGUUAAAUAAUUUGUACUUCUGUUAUUUUUGUUCAUGCCAGCACCUUAGAGCAGUAGCUUGCUUGUGCAUAAAAAUGUCUUCCUCUCACUUCAUGCAUUUUUGCUUUUAAAAUUUUGGUUUAUAAAUUGAGAAGGAAUUAUCUUUAAGUUUCUGUCAUUGAAUACAUCACCAUAAAAAAAAUUAGAGUCCUGCAUAUAUAGAUAAUGAAAUAAUAAAAAUGAUCUUUAUGCUUUAUAAAACCAUGAAUCAGACUUGAAUGAGGAACACCUUCCACAUUCUUGAAAGAAAAGCAUUAGCUUGAGUUUUAAAGUGUUUUGAGAAUGAAGUAUUAAGAUCCUAUUUCUGUAGUAAAGUCAGACUUAAUAAAUAUGUCAGAACUAUAAGCUAAUUCAUAAAUUCUAGAUAUACCCCUACAUAAGGAAACUAAGUGCUGAAUGGAGCAUUUUCCUUUUUUUAAGAUUAGAAUCCCCAAUUCUGAAGUUACAGACAAAGGCCUGAACUUUCUAUAGUGACUCUUGCUCUGUCUGCAUAUUUAGUUAAAAUUUUCACUUGUGGUUUGUGUUUACCUCUUCUUCUAUGUCAAGACUUUAAAAAGCAUGAAAAUAAAAAUAUUCUCCCCUUU